UACACGAGUCUCUCUCUCUCUCUCUCUCGAGGUCACGGGAAGCGACCAUUUCCUCCACUCUCUGUAGAUCUUCAAGUCUGGAGACGCACCUCGUCCUCUCUCAUGGCUUCCCCGGGAAACCCUAACCAGCCAUCAUCUCCUCCUCCCCCCUUCGACAUGGCCAAAUUCUUCAUGCCGCCCGCCUCGCCGUCGCAGGCUCAAGCCCACAUUUCUUAUCCUCCGCCGCCUUCCUCCUCCUCCUCGUAUCCUCUGCCCACCGUCGGCCCCGGCCACUUUCCUUACUCUCCCCCUCAGACCUCUCCCUUCAACCACCAAGAGCAUCUCCUCUCUCAGCGCUCUCUUUCUUACCCUACCCCACUUCUCCAUCCCCCGAACCCUAACGCCGGAGCCCACCUCAUGGCCUUGCUAAGUUCGUUGCCGCAACCAUCCUUGGGCCCAUCCGAGCUCCCCACGCCAAGCUCAGUCUUGGCCCCGGGGGGGCCUGCUCGCAUGCCGAGCAGUAAGGCCCCGAGGGGGCGGCAUUUGGUGGGGGAUUGUGUGGUGUAUGACGUGGAUGUAAGGUUGGCUGGCGAGGUGCAGCCGCAGUUGGAGGUCACGCCAAUCACGAAGUACACUUCGGACCCCCAGCUCGUGUUGGGGCGGCAGAUUGCGGUGAACCAGUCAUAUAUAUGCUAUGGUUUGAAGCAAGGGAACAUAAGGGUGCUUAAUAUGAAUACUGCCUCUCGGUCUUUGCUCCGGGGUCACACACAGAGGAUCACAGACAUGGUUUUCUUUGCAGAGGAUGUUCACCUUUUGGCCAGUGCAAGCACAGAUGGAAGGAUUUAUGUGUGGAAAGUCUCUGAAAGCCUAGAGGAGGAUAAUAAGCAACAGAUUACUGGAAACAUCAUCAUUGCCAUUCAACUAACACAAGAGGAGUCUGUCCAUCCACGAGUUUGUUGGCAUUGUCACAAACAGGAAAUUCUGGUGGUUGGAAUAGGAGAACAUGUUUUGAGAAUUGAUACGACUAAAGUGGGGAAGGGUGAAGUUUAUUCAGCAGAGGAACCUCUCAUGUGUCCUAUUGAUACUCUCAUUGAAGGGGUUCAAUUAGUUGGAAAACAUGAUGGAGAAGUGACCGAUUUGUCAAUGUGCCAGUGGAUGACCUCUCGUUUGGUUUCCUCUUCUGUCGAUGGCACGAUAAAGAUUUGGGAAGAUCGUAAAACAUUGCCACUUGCUGUUCUGAGACCGUAUGAUGGCCAUCCUGUUAGUUCUGCUGCAUUUGUGACUUCUUCCCAUCGGCCAGACCACAUAAUACUUAUAACAGCGGGUCCAUUAAAUCGUGAACUCAAGGUUUGGGCUUCAGCAAGCGAAGAAGGUUGGCUUUUGCCAAGUGAUGAUGAAUUAUGGAAGUGCACACAGACGUUGGACCUCAGGAGUUCAUCUGAACCGCAUGUUCAGGAUGCGUUCUUCAAUCAAGUUCUUGUAUUACCUCAAGCUGGUCUUCUUUUGAUUGCAAAUGCUAAGAAGAAUGCUAUCUAUGCUGUGCACUUAGAAUAUGGUCCCAAUCCAACAAGUACUCGCAUGGACUACUUGGCAGAGUUUACCGUAACAAUGCCCAUACUGAGUUUUACCGGGGUAAGUGACAUAUCACCAUAUGGGGUACAUGUAAUUCAGGUUUACUGUGUCCAGACGCAGGCUAUUCAGCAGUAUGCCUUGGACUUAUUUUUGUGCCUACCACCACUUUUGGAGAAGGUGGGAUUAGAGAAGUCUGAUCCUGAUGUGCCAUGUGAUGUGAUGAAUGUUGAAGGACCAACAGCUGCAGAUGCUUCCGUAAUCAAACCUACUGAAUUUCCAUCAGCUGCUUCAGCACCUAAAAUAACCGAGAGAACAAGCAGCCCUGAUGUUACAGAGACUAUCAGGUUCCCCAUAAGCUCUGCUUCUGUUGAGAUGGCCGCUCCACAAGCAGUUACACCCUUGGAUGAAGAUUCUCAAACCGUUAAUGUGGCACCUCCAACUAGUCAAUCUGAUAUUCACGUCGUUGCAUCUGCCCCUCCUCUUCCUUUAAGUCCUAGGUUGUCUCGAAAACUUUCUGGUUUUAGAAGUCCAUCAGGUGGUUCUGAUUCUGGUCUUCCUUUUAAUGAUCACUAUGGCAACGGACAAGUCAUGAAUUCUUCUGCAGAUAGGCAAGUGGAAACUGUCCCUGCACAGAUGGCAGAUGUAAAUCCGAUGAAGGAUGAGUCGAGGAAUGAUGAAAAGAGAGUUUCGCAAGAUAAUGCAUCCACCAUGCUUAACCGUCCUGUUGUGUUCAAACAUCCUACUCACUUAAUUACUCCCUCUGAAAUAUUAAGGGCUGUUUCAUCCUCUGAAACUAGUUUUCUUGGAGGCAAGAGUGAGGAAGAGGCAAAUACUCCAGAUGUGGUUGUUAGUAGUGACGCAGCUAAUACACCAGAGGAGAUCAGAGUUGUAGCAGAUACAGGAUUUACAAAGGAAGAUGAAUUUUCUCCUGAGGAGCGGACUAGGGAUUUUGUUGCAGAGAACAGAGAGAGAAUUUUUAGUUCUCAAAUUUCAGAUCUUGGAAUGGAGGUGGCCAGGGAAUGCCGUGAAUUAUCAGAAAGCUUGGCAGAAGCUAAUCCAGUUGCCAAUAGUAGAUUGAUGGAGCCACCUGGUCAAUCCCCUUCUGCUGAUGUGGAAGAAAUCCAUGACUCAUCAAAAUAUGUAUGUGAAAAGAUUUUGGAGCCAGGUAUGGCCGCAACAGUCUUGCCAGGCCCAAUAUCAAGUGUGAAAAGUAAAAAGCAGAAGGAGAGAAAUUCCCAAGCCUCAGGUCGAUCUUCAUCUUCCCCAAGUGCUUCCAAUUCAACAGAUUCUUACAAUGAAGCUAUCGCAAGUUCAAGUCUUCCAUCAAUGGAAGCUGCUUUUCCUCACAUUGUCGCAAUGGAAGAGAAACUUAAUCAGCUGAUGAACAUGCAAAAAGAAAUGAAGAAGCAAAUGACUGCUACUGUUAACGUGCCGAUCACCAAAGAAGGCAGAAGGCUGGAGGCUUCCCUAGGGCGUUCCAUGGAGAAAACUGUCAAGGCUAAUAAUGAUGCCUUUUGGGCUCGGUUUCAUGAAGAGAGUUUCAAAAAUGAGAAAUUGGCACAGGACCGUAUGCAGCAAAUAACAAAUUUGCUUAAUAACUUAAUGAACAGGGAUAUGCCAGCCAUUCUGGACAAAAUUGUGAAAAAGGAAUUGGCUACUGUUCAAGCAUCUGUAGUUCGUGCCAUCAUGCCAGCUGUUGAGAAGACAGUAUCUUCAGCUCUUUCAGAGUCCUUCCAGAGAGGAGUUGGUGAUAAAGCUGUUAGUCAACUAGAGAAAUCGGUUAAUUCAAAACUUGAAGCCACAGUCGCCCGACAAAUCCUGGCACAGUUCCAAACUUCUGGCAGGCAAGCUAUUCAGGAUGCAUUAAAGUCUACUUUGGAAGCUUCGGUGAUCCCUGCUUUUGAGAUGUCUUGUAAAGCUAUGUUUGAGCAAGUAGAUACUACAUUCCAGAAAGGAAUCAUUGAACACACUUCUGCAGCUCAGCAGCAUUUAGAAUCUGUUCAUUCUCCAUUGGCACUUGCUUUAAAGGAUGCCAUUAAUUCAGCAUUGUCAAUGACGCUGACCUUGAGUGGAGAUCUGGCUGAUGCUCAACGGAAGCUUUUAGCUCUUGCCGUAGCUGGAGCUAACUCACCUGUAAGCCCAUUGGUUACAGAAUUAAGCAACGGGCCAUUAGGUGGUCCACAGGAAAAGGUUGACAAGCCAUUUGAUCCAACAAAAGAGCUGUUGAGAGUAAUAUCUGAACACAAAUAUGAGGAAGCUUUCACCUUGGCCCUGCAAAGAAGUGAUGUGUCCACUGUAGCUUGGUUAUGUUCUCAGGUCGAUCUACAUAGGAUCUUGACAAUCGCACCUCUCCCAUUAAGCCAAGGAGUACUACUGUCUCUCUUGCAGCAGUUGGCGUGCGACAUCAACAAAGACAUGCCCCGGAAGCUGUCAUGGAUGACAGAUGUGGCCGGUGCCAUUAACCCGUCAGACCCGGUAAUCGCGGUGCAUGUGCGGCCCAUCUUCGAGCAAGUUUACCGAAUACUGAGCCAUCAACGUACUCUGCCGACCAAUGCCAGUCCCGAGCUUUCUAGCAUACGCCUUCUCAUGCAUGUCAUUAACUCCAUGCUGAUGACCUCUAGUUGACAAUAAUACCUGUGAAAUGCUGUAGUAGGGCAAAGUCAAAAUGAGGCCCAUAGUAAUUUUAGCGAAUCUGUACAGAUCUUUAGGGAGUUCAGUUGGAGGUUUCUAGGGCUGUAAAGUUCCUGUAGCUACCGACACUGUGAAGAUAGGAUCCGACUCCCAACGUUAAAAGAAGAGUAAAGAAAGAAUCCAUGAUUGUUUGC